AUGGGAGAACUACAGCGCCUCUGUGGCUUCAACGUGGCCAACCAUCUCGAGAAGCGCGCUCUCCUCAUCGCGAUCAACAGUAUUGCGGCGCUGAGCAUCUUCUUCUUCGGCUACGACCAGGGCAUGAUGGGUGGCGUCAACACGGCCAAGGACUACGUGCAGUUGAUGGGCUUUGGAUAUGUCGACGAGGACACAGGCACUGUUGUGACAACGGACGCGCUGCUCAAGGGUGGCAUCGUUUCCGUAUACUACCUAGGGACGCUGUUUGGAUGUCUCCUUGGCGGCUGGGUCGGUGAUAAAGUCGGCAGGGUGCGGACCAUUGCGCUAGGCGCUCUGUGGGCUGUCGUGGGAGCCAGCCUGCAGUGCUCUUCCCAGAACCACAAGUGGAUGAUAUGCGCAAGGGCCGUCAACGGGAUCGGCACAGGCAUACUCAACUCCAUUGUGCCGGUGUGGGCAACCGAGACGGCAGAGCACACCUCGCGUGGACAGUUCGUCGCCAUCGAGUUUACGCUCAACAUCUUUGGCGUCGUGGUCGCCUACUGGCUCGAGUUCGGCCUGUCCUUUAUUGACAACGGAAACUCCUCGAUCGUGUGGCGUUUCCCCAUUGCCUUCCAGAUCAUCCCGCUCCUUUUCUUAUUCGCUUCCGUCUGGUUCUUCCCAGAGUCUCCCCGAUGGCUGGUAAAAGUGGGUCGCGACGAAGAGGCACGAUUCAUCCUCCGCCGUCUGCGCGGCAGUGAUGCCGUGGGCCUUGCGCAGGCCGAAGCAGAGUACCAUGAUAUCCGCAACAUCAAUGCACUGGAGUCCCAUGAGUCCUCCCAGAAUUCAUACCUGCACAUGCUCUUCGGCAUCGGGUCAGGAGAGCUCCAUAUCGGCAGACGGGUGCAGCUCGUGAUCUGGCUUCAAAUUGUCCAAGAAUGGGUUGGCAUUGCCGGUGUCACUAUCUACGCGCCCACCAUCUUUUCCAUCGCGGGAUACGAUGCGACCAAGAGUAGUUGGAUCAGUGGCCUCAACAACGUCUUCUACAUGUUCGCCACGCUCAUCUGCGUCUUCACCUUAGAUCGCAUUGGCAGACGAUGGACGCUGUACUGGGGGGCAGCGGGGCAGGGGGUGGCCAUGUUCCUGGCUGGGGGAUUCUCCCGCCUGGGCGAGAAUGCGAGCGCCGCGGGCGACACAGCCAAAGCUUCUGCAUAUGGGGCUGCCGCAGCAUCGUUUGUCUUCAUCUUCACGUCCGUCUUUGGGGCGACCUGGGUCACGGUACCUUGGCUGUAUCCGGCCGAGAUCUUCCCCCUGCAGGUCCGGGCCAAGGGGAAUGCCUGGGGCGUUGUGGGCUGGUCCAUCGGGAAUGGCUGGCUCACCCUGCUCUGCCCCGUCAUGUUUAACGCUAUUGGAGAGAAGACGCUGUACAUCUUUGGAGCUUGCAACAUGGUGGCGAUGCCCAUGGUGUGGGCGCUGUACCCAGAGAGCAACCAGAGGACGCUCGAAGAGAUGGAUCUGUUGUUUGCGGCGCCGACACCGUGGGUCUGGGACGCAGAGACGACAUUUGCGAGGCUCAAGGCCGAACGGCUGGAUUUAUUAGAGACGGCACAUCGCGGUCAGCGUGUGGCGGAUGUAGAGAACGGUGUGCUGGAGAAAUCUACGCUCAAGACAGAAGGCUCAGGCUCAGGCUCAGCAGCAGCAGCGCAUAAAGGCUAG